CCCCCCAGAUUUGGCCGGGUUUGCACGCUGAGCUGCCGACGCUAUGCAGUCAGAUGAUGUUAUCUGGGACACACUCGGAAACAAGCAAUUUUGUUCUUUCAAAAUAAGAACCAAGACUCAGAGUUUUUGCAGAAAUGAAUACAGCCUGACUGGACUGUGUAAUCGGUCAUCUUGUCCCCUGGCAAACAGUCAGUAUGCCACUAUCAAAGAAGAGAAAGGACAGUGCUACUUGUAUAUGAAGGUUAUAGAACGAGCAGCUUUUCCUAGGCGGCUCUGGGAACGGGUCCGGCUUCAUAAAAACUAUGAGAGAGCACUGGAGCAAAUAGAUGAAAAUCUAAUUUACUGGCCCCGUUUCAUUCGACACAAGUGUAAGCAGAGAUUCACCAAGAUCACCCAGUACCUAAUUCGAAUUAGAAAACUUACAUUAAAGCGACAGAGGAAGCUUGUUCCCUUGAGUAAGAAGGUGGAGCGGAGGGAAAAAAGAAGAGAGGAAAAGGCAUUAAUAGCUGCUCAGCUGGACAAUGCCAUUGAAAAGGAAUUGCUGGAGCGACUGAAACAAGAUACGUAUGGCGACAUCUACAACUUCCCCAUUCAUGCCUUCGACAAGGCCCUGGAACAGCAGGAAGCAGAGAGUGACUCUUCAGAUGCUGAGGAAAAAGAUGAUGAAGAAGAUGUGGGAAAGAGAGAGUUUGUGGAAGAUGAUGAGGUGGAUGAGAGUGACAUAAGUGAUUUUGAGGAUAUGGAUAAGCUGGAUGCCAGUAGUGAUGAAGAUCAGGAUGAUAAAUCCUCCAGUGACGAAGAAGAAAAGGCCCUUGAUGCCACACAUAAAGGCAAAACACCCUUGAAAGGACCUUUGCGGAGGAAACGAGCCUACGUAGAGAUAGAGUAUGAGCAGGAGACAGAGCCUGUGGCCAAGGCCAAAACCACAUGACUUCCCUUCAGACAUCUGCAACAGGACUGAACAUUUUCAGUAUCCUCCUUUCUUUUACCUUAACCAUGUAUAUACCUCCAGGUUUUGCUCUUUCAUACAGUAUUUCACACAAUAUUUGUGUCUUUAAUAUUUAUGCUGCUUCUGUGGGGCAAGGAAAUCUGGGAGUGGAGAAAGCCUUAA